AUGCCUAGAGUACCAACCAAGAGUUUACUCAAGCAAAUAGGAGAAAGGCUAUAUAAAGAUACCAGUGUUAAGAGAGAGGUACAAUGGUUAUGGGAAAGUUGUCACAGUAGAAGGUCGAGGGUACAACAAAGUAAACUAGUCACCAGAGUAUAUCCUAAUAUUAUCUCGCAGUUCAUACGAUUAUAUAAGUGGAAAUGUAAAGGUGUACCACUACAAUAUUUAAUUGGAUGGCAGCCUUUUGGUCCUUUGAAAAUCUUGUGUAGACCCCAUGUUUUAAUUCCACGUUGGGAAACAGAAGAAUGGCUCUUUGAAUUGGCUAAAUGCAUUUUGUCACAACCGCAUUUGUCCAAUUUGAAAUUGGUAGAUUUUUGCACAGGAUCUGGUUGUAUCCCACUUUUGUUGAUGAAGAUGGCUAUUAAUAAAAAUACUUUCAGAAGUAUAGAUGCAAUUGAUGUAUCUCCCUAUGCUUUGAACUUGACAAAGCGUAAUCUUAGACAUAACAACUUACAAAAUAGUUCAAUUUUCCAAGUUUCUUAUGGUGACAUUCUCGAAUCCAACACAGUUUCACAAAUAUUAUCAAAGGGGGAGAAAAUAGACAUUUUGACUUGUAAUCCACCAUAUGUAUCUAAGGAAUCAUUCAGAAAUGAUGUAGAUGACUCUGUGAAAAAUUAUGAACCCCAUUUGGCAUUAAUUGGUGAUUUAGAAUUUUAUCAAAAUUUGAUACUGCUAUGGUUACCCCAUAUAAAUUCCUUUGUAUAUGAAUUGGGGUCUUAUAAACAAUAUCUUUAUGUUAAAGAAGAAUUAUCCAAAUGGAAUCAAAAGUCUUCAAAUGAAAAAUGGUCCUUAGGGAUUAAGUUUGACUCUAACGGUAAGCUACGAUGCGUUUAUGGAUAUACUACCAAAAUGAAACCUAUAUUUCAAGAUUAUGGACAACAAAUAAUUAUACAAUAA